AUGGGAAUUCACGGAUUGACGAAAUUGAUUUCGGAACAUGCUCCGAAUGCGAUCAAAAGUCAUGAUAUUAAGAGCUAUUUUGGACGUAAAGUGGCGAUCGAUGCUUCCAUGAGUAUCUACCAGUUUAUGAUCGCAGUUCGCCAACAGGAUGGCCAAAUGUUAACCAACGAAGCUGGUGAAACCACAAGUCAUCUUAUGGGCAUGUUUUACCGAACCGUACGAAUGGUCGACAACGGCAUCAAACCUUGCUACGUGUUCGACGGCAAACCGCCUACCUUGAAAUCGGGAGAGCUGGCCAAAAGAAAAGCGAGAAAAGAAGAAGCCAAAUCAAAAAUGGAGGAAGCCCAUGAAGUUGGCACCAACGAGGAAAUUGCACGAUUCACGAAACGUACGGUUCGAGUCACACAGCAACACAACGAUGAGUGCAAGCGUUUAUUGAAAUCCAUGGGUAUCCCCUAUGUUGAGGCACCUACCGAAGCCGAAGCGCAGUGCGCAGAAUUGGCACGUUGUGGCAAAGUGUACGCGGCCGCUUCUGAAGACAUGGAUACCCUGACUUUUGCUUCACCAACUUUAUUACGUCACUUGACGUUUUCCGAACAGCGCAAGAUGCCCAUUGAUGAAGUUCAUCUGGAUAAAGCAUUAGAAGGGUUGGGACUCAAUAUGACAGAGUUUGUCGAUCUCUGUAUUCUGUUGGGAUGUGAUUAUGUGGAAAGCAUCAAAGGCGUGGGUCCAGCGCGCGCUUAUUCAAUGAUCAAGGAACACAAGAGCAUUGAAGCGGCUUUGCCUCACCUUCCCGAAAAGUUGCGCGCAAAUAUUCCUGACGACUGGAAAUUUGACGAAGCAAGGGAACUGUUUGUUAAACCUGACGUGUUGCCGGGCGACAAUAUUGAGCUCAAAUGGGAAGCACCCGAUGUCGAAGCUGUGGUAGACUUUUUAGUCAAGGAAAAAGGAUUCAAUGAGGAGCGAAUUCGAAAGUCGUGUGAAAAACUGGCAAAGAAUGUCAAGCAAGCCACCCAAAGCCGAAUGAUGGACUUUUUCAAAUCUGUUCCAGGCUCAACCAACACAAACGACAAGAAACGAAAGCUAACCGAAACAAAAGGUACCGACAGCAAGAAAAGAAAAGCCUCUGGCAAGAAAUGA